CCUUGUCCUUCCGCCCCCAGACAAGGAGCUGAGCAUGGAGAGCAGGGAGGACAAAUCCCCGCAGCAGAACCUCAUGGGAGAGGCUGUUUGGAGCAGCUCCAUGGCACAGGAAUCCAGUGGGGAGGAAAAUCCCCGGAGAUCCCUCAGGAGGAGGGGCUGCAAAGGCAGAUCAGGGGGAUGUGAGGAGGAAAGACCCACCCUGUGCCAGGAAGGCGGCCAGAGAUGGAGCCAGAGCUCAGAGCUGGUGGAGCAUGAGCAGCAUCCUGAUGGGGAGAAGCCCCAAAAGUGCUCGGAGUGUGAGAAGAGCUUCAGCCAGAGGUUCAGCCUGAUCAGGCACCAGAGGAUCCACACUGGGGAGAGGCCCCACGAGUGUGAGGAAUGUGGGAUGAGUUUCAGCUUGAGGGAAUACCUGAUCUGCCACCAGAGGAUCCACACCGGAGAACGACCUUACGAGUGUGGGGAAUGCGGGAAGAGCUUCAGGCAGCGUAGCCACCUGAUCCUCCACCAAAAGAUCCACACUGGGGAGAGGCCCUACGAGUGUUCCGAGUGUGGGAAGGGGUUUCGGAUCAGCACCCAGCUCCUGCUGCAUCAGCAGACACACACAGAGUAUUGGCCCUUUCACUGCCCCGACUGUGGGAAGGGGUUCACGCACAACUCCGCUCUCAUCAUCCACCGGCGCAUCCACACUGGGGAGAGGCCCUACGAGUGUGAGAAAUGCGGGAAGAGGUUCCGGACGAGCUCCAGUCUUGGUCUGCACCUGCGCAUGCACACUGGGGAGAGGCCCUACGAGUGUGAUAAAUGCAGGAAGAGGUUUCAGACCAGCUCCAGUCUCCUCCGGCACCAGCGGAUUCACACAGAGGAGAGGCCCUUCCGCUGCCCCGACUGCGGGAAGGGGUUCAAGCAGAACUGCACCCUCAUCAUCCACCGGCGCAUCCACACCAGGGAGAGGCCCUACGAGUGUCCCCAGUGUGGGAAGAGCUUCUCCCGGAGCUCUCACUUGACCAAACACCAACUCAGGCACCAAUAAGGGAAGCCCUGCCAGUUCUCCCAGUGCGGGAAGAGCUUCGUGCCCUGCUCCAACUCUAUCCCCCACUGGAGGAGUCACAUUAGGCUGAGCCCUGGUGCCCCACAUUCCCUGUGAUCCAUGUUAGGAAGACACCUGGCCGGUUAUUGUUUUGUUUUGGCCUUCUUUUUUUCUCCUCUCCAUCUCUCUGCACUCCAGAAGCCAAAAGGGAUGGGUCUGUCACCUCAAGCCACUCCAAUCCCACAGAGAGCAAGUAAUUUUUAACCCAAAAGGGCUCAAUCCCACCCCAAAAUGGCUUGUUCCCACCUUGAGAAAAACUCAGUCCCACGGCAAAUUUCCUACAUUCCAUGGGCACCAGGGUGAGAUUGUGAGAGGUAUGACUGUGAUUUGUGUCAGAGAAAAUACAGAUAUAAUGAUGACAUUGUACUGUGGGAAUAAAAGAGAUGAAUUCUGAGCAACUGCUGUAUAAGACUGGGAGGGGAAAGAGAUGGACAGAAUAUGGUGAACAUUAGAUGGGCCAACUGAGCAAACACGUGAACUGCUUAUAGAGGCAAAAUUGGGUGAGAACCUAAAGAUCAGCAAAUGAAUGAGGAAGAGCAACGACCAUCACAGAGAGCUGAAAGACCACCAAGAAAGAGCCCACACAGCAUAGCAGGACAACAGGCACCACAAGGGGAAAUGGGGGGAGAGGAGGCUACUGAGAAGUGCUGAGAAAUGUUUGUGCAUCUGUAUGAAGGGAUGGAAUAAAUAUUUGCAGAACUGACAGUUGGGGUGUGUGACGGAGGAGCGCAGACUCCCCGCGCACCCAGCGCUGCUUGCUGGCUUUUUAUGGAACGUACUUUAAUA